UUUUUGUUUUUGGCUGAUAACGACAUUAGAUCAUGUCCACACAAGAGGGUACCCAAAUACGUGAUUUUUUAUGUUUUGAUAGAACUUUCUUUCUAAGCAAUUUUUGUCAAACAAAAAAUAUAUUGGCUUUAGAAGUACUCAAUGCCCUUUUUUUUUUUUUUUCCUCAAAUGACCUUUUUCUGUCACCGUAAUCUAGAUAUUUUUAAGGAGUGGACGUUUUAAAUUUACAGUUAGUAAGCAAUUAAGAUUGCGUUUCAGUUGCCAAACACCUGAGAAUAAUUUUUGCAGGAAGUUAGUUACGAUAAUUAGGACCUAAUUUGACGUCUUGUUAUUUGUUACGAAAUGAGAUACAUGAAAACAAUUUGUCUCUCACUGGAAAAUACUCACAGAAUUUUUUAUGUUGUCUUGCCGGGGCACAUCUCUACUAUUUCACUUGGAGUUUGCAUAUUCCCUCUGACCAACAUGGUUUCCAAGUAAAUUUACAAUUUACACAUCAUAGUUUAGUCAGAUGAAAUAAAUCACCCAUUUCUUUUGCUUUUUCACUGGAAUUUAACCCUUUUGUUUAUUCACAGUUAGGCCACGCCCUUGAGUUCGUAAAAUAAUAUUUUUAUUCAUGAUUGCAUUUCUUGAAUUAAAGUACUAUAUAUAUUUUUUAGAAAAACUUAUCUUUGAUAGAACAGAAGAAAAAUCACUAAAACAAGAAUUGGACUAAAUGGCGCUCACGUUUGCAUUCAUUGGCUUCUUGUUUGUGAUGGAUCUUUGGCUGAUGACUCUACAGGAAAACUUGAAUCAGCAAGCAAUAGUUGAAAAUAGUUUUUAAUUGGAGGUGUCACCAUACUUUAAUUAUAUAUAAUAUCUUGCUUCUGAUUGAGGAACCUGCAGUCCAUGUCAAACAGAUUUGAUGUGUCGUUUAUGUCAAAGAAUUUCUGCAUUUCAUCAAACGGCAGAGAACUCCAAGGUCGCAGAUUUUUUCAGUGAAUUUGGGAAUCUGAAUUCUUGGAAUAUGCAUAUUCCAUCAUGACUGGUAGCACUAUGGAAAAUGAUGAAUCAAAGCCACUGGGAAGAUGGUCUGUUUUAGCGUAUGGUGUAGGUCAUGUGCUUAAUGACAUAACAUCCACCUAUUGGUACACUUACCUCUUGCUCUAUUUGACCAGUAUUGGAAUGCCUCCAAGGCAAGUUGCAGCACUAGCAAUUACAGGGCAAUUCACAGAUGCAACCAUGACCAUAAUUGCUGGCGAACUGAUAGACAGAUUUGGACAUUUCAAAAUAUGGCAUGCUGUGGGCUCUGUUCUUGUCUCUCUUGCUUUUUCUUCAUUUUAUUGGGGUGUUUGCGUUCCAUGCAAAAUUAUAGGGAUUGAUACGCCUCUUGUGCAAAUGAUUGGAUAUUAUAUGUUUGAUAUACUCUUCAGUGGUGGAUGGUCAUGUACUCAAGUAUCACAUAUGGCAAUGGUGAAUGGCAUUACCCUGGAUCAAACAAGUAGAGUGGCAUGCGUCAGCUGUCGCAAUGCUUUUACAAUGGUUGCAAGCCUAAUCGUAUAUGGAAUUGGAUUUUUCAUUUUCAAUUCAUCCGUCAAACAAGUUGAAAUCAAGGAGCAGUACCACUUGUUGGCAACUAUCACAGGUUUGAUCGGAUGCUGCUUUGUAAUUAUAUUUCAUCUUGGAACUAAAGAGCCUAGGGUGAAACAAGUAUCUCACAAGACAAUUCAACGUGGUCCUUCUUGGAAGCGAUGGUUGAAAAAUGGCCUGUAUUAUAGAGUAGCUAGCAUUUACGUGUUAACUAGAGUUGUAACGAAUAUAUCACAGGUGUUUCUUGCUCUCUAUGUAAUUAAUGAUCUACACAUGAGCCAAUCUUCCAAGGCUUUGGUUCCUGCCAUCAUCUAUUUGUGCAGCUUCAUUACAUCUGUCAUGCUCCAGGAGCUCGAAUGGAGCAGUUACAGGUUGAAGGCCAUCUUUUCAGUUGGAGGCCUCCUUUGGCUAUUUUGUGGUGCAGCAGUACUCUCCCUACCGAUGAACAUGAACGUUUUUAUGUACAUCUUAUCUGUGGUUAUUGGAAUCGCCAAUGCCUUCAUGAUGGUAACUUCAGUAGGGAUGGAAAGUGAGCUAGUUGAUAAAGAAGUUGAGGGAUCUGCUUUCGUUUAUGGAUCAUUAGGCUUUGUGGAGAAAGUAUUGUGCGGGAUAAUGCUGUACAUUCUAGAGUCAUACGAGAGUGUAACACCGGCAUCAUGUGACCCAGCAUAUCCUUGUUUCACAGUUACGCGAUUUUCAUUGGGAUUCAUUCCUGGAGUUGCUGCACUAGCUGGAGUCAUAGUUACAUGCUUUACAAAGUUUAGAACUUCACAUCCAGAGCCCUUGGCAGAACCCUUGUUGGCAUAGCUUUCAAGAACGAUUGAAAUUAAUGUACUUUUAAAGUUGCAUAUUUGAGAUUGAGACGUGGUUGAUUGGUUGAAACUGCAAAACACACGUCCAGUAUAGUGAUAAGCCAGAAGCUCUAUUGCUCUAUACAUCAGUUUAUGCAAAUUCUUGAUGUGGUCAAUUAUAUAUUAUAAGCUCAAGUUUGAGCAAUGUUGCACAUUA